CACCUCCAUUCCCCUAACAACGGCGGUCACCGGGGAGCGGUCGCGAUGUUGGGCUACAUGGACGUGUCCACUGCCCCGCAGCAUAUUCCCCCGGAAAUGCCCCAGUACGGGGAGGAGAACCACAUCUUCAAGAUGAUGCAGAACAUGCUGGAGCAACUCCUGAUCCACCAGCCCUCCGACCCCAUCCAGUUCAUGAUCAAUCACUUGCAACUAGACAACGAUGACGUGCCACGGAUUAUAAUAUUUGGUCCACCGGCCUCGGGGAAAACAACUAUAGCAAUGUGGCUUUGCAAACAUCUCAACAGCAAUCUUCUCAGCCUGGAGAACUUGAUGGCAAAUGAAGUUUCCUCUUUGGCUGCAGGUGCUAGGUGGCACUAUCAGAAAACUAAGGGCUGGAUUCUGGAUGGCAUCCCUGAGACUCGGGAGCAGGCUCUGAUGGUCCAGACUCUUGGGGUCACCCCAAGACACGUCGUUGUGCUGAAUGCUCCAGACACCGUCUUGAUCGAGAGAAACUUGGGGAAGAGAGUCGACCCUCAAACCGGAGAGAUUUAUCACACCACCUUUGACUGGCCCCCCGAGUCUGAAGUCCAGGACCGGCUGGUGGUGCCGGCAGGCAUCUCGGCGCUGGAGACGGCCCAGAAGCUGCUGGAGCAUCACAGGAACAUCGCCAGGAUCCUCCCCUCUUACCGCAAAGUCCUGAAAGUCAUCAGCGCCGACCAGCCAUGUGUGGACGUCUUCUACCAGGCUCUGACCUAUGUCCAGACCAGCCAUCGAUCUAAUGCCCCAUUCACCCCUCGGGUGCUGCUUUGCGGGCCCAUGGGCAGUGGGAAAAGUCUGCAAGCCGCCCUCCUGGCCCAGAAAUAUGGCCUCAUCAACGUCUGCUGCGGGCAGCUGCUGAAGGAGGCUGUGGCGGACAAGUCGAGCCUCGGUGGGCUCAUCCAGCCCUUUUUUGAAAAGGGGGUUGCAGUCCCUGACAGCAUCAUCGUGAAGGUGCUGAGCCAUCGCCUGAGCCAGCAGGACUGCGUUCAGAAAGGGUGGGUGCUGCAUGGCUUCCCGAGAGACCUGGACCAGGCACACAUGCUGCACAGCCUGGGCCCCAAGCCCAACAGGGUGUUUUUCCUGAAUGUGCCAUUCGAUUCUGUCAUCGAGCGGCUGACCCUGAGAAGAACUGAUCCUGUCACUGGAGAAAGGUACCACCUCAUGUACAAGCCACCUCCGACCAUGGAAAUCCAGGCCCGCCUCCUUCAGAACCCAAAGGACGCUGAAGAGCAGGUCAAGCUCAAAAUGGAUCUGUUCUACCAGAAUUCUGCUGAACUGGAGGAGUUCUACGGACAGGCCGUCACCCUCAAUGGGGACCAGGACCCGUACACGGUCUUCGAAUACAUAGAAAGUGGGAUCAUUAAUCCCCUGCCCAAGAAAGUUCCCUGAUGGGCCCAGAGCAAGGAGCACCCCCGGGGAGACAAAGGCCACCCCCACUCCACCUUCUGGAGCCUUAGCCAAACCAAUAAAGCGUGCUGGGUUCAGUCUUGCGUGUCCUGAGGUAAGGUGGCCUUGUUUGGGGGUCUGGGAACACAGGGCAGGCAAAGCCCAGGCGGCAGUGACGUAGAGCAGGGCCGGCCGCAUCGGCACCAAGGCUGCAAGCGCCCUCAGAGCCCUCAGGACCUCUGUCUUUUCUCACAAGCAGACAGAGUAACCACAGCCCCUGCCUCAGGGAUCGUUGUGGAAUGAAAUGAGGAGAUGCAGGUAAAGCUGUUAGCACAGUGCCUGGUACACAGUAGGUUCUCAGUAAAUGUAGUUUUAAAAAGAGCCAUGCUCUACCUACCACUUC